AUUCAAGUAUUACUCAAUCCAAUUUGAAGAUUCAAGCGAACGUGUCUCGUACCUUUGCCUAGAAAGCAGAAAACAACAGAUUUAUCUGGUGAAUGAAAAAAUAAAGUCAGAUAUUUAUAAAAUCUGAGGAAAAACAUUUACUACGAAAGAUAAUCUACAUCAGAUUUAUACUUAUAAAUAUAUAUUUGUUUUGUACAUAUAUAUGUAUAUUGAAAGAAAAUCUGCAAUGGAAAAUGGUAGAGACAGCGUUUCCUGUGUCCUAAUAGGCGAUGACAACGUGGGCAAAUCUUGUUUAGUUAAAGUAUUAACUGAUGGAAAAUUUUUGAAAGAAGUGUCGAAAACCAUUCAGGAAAGUUAUUCUAAAUUAGUUGUCUUCCGAGAAAAAUGUAUUAAUCUUAUAAUUCACGAGACGGCGGGGGAAGAUAAAUAUAAAAUAUUAAGAUCACUGUGGUAUAGUGGAUCAGAUAUUGCUAUUAUUUGCUUUUCGACCGUUGAUAGAGCAUCGUUUGAGAAUAUUUUUAGUAAAUGGUUGCCAGAAAUAACCCAAUAUUUCAAAGGAAAGCCUAUUUUAUUAGUUGGAACUAAAUCCGAUUUGAAAAAAGGCUCUGUGAAAAAUCCUCUUCAAAGAAGAUCAUCAAUUGUUUCUUUUAAUGAAGGAUGUAGAGCGGCCGAGGAAAUUGGAGCAGCAUUUUAUCUAGAGUGUUCAUCUAGGAAGGAUUCACAAAGUGUUUGGAAUGUAUUUGAGAAAAGUAUUGAAUUAACAUUCCUACCUCAGCAAUUUCAACUAAAAAAGAAGAAAAUUAAUAAAACCUGCUCCAUACAAUAAACUAUUAUUAACUUAAUAAUUUAUUCAUUACAUUUCUAUAAAUAAAAACUCUCUGUUAA